ACAACGUAAACACAGGACUCAGUGAGCGAUCAAUUGAUGAGCGAAUGAAUCGUAUGUUUGAUUCAAACAAUCGUUGCAUUCAUUUGUGUUUUUGUUUGGAUUUUUAAUUCAGUAAUUGUUUUGCAAAUUGAAUACACAUUUGGUUUGCAUUUUGUGUUGAAUUUGGUUAUGAAAUAAAGUGUCGGAUAAUUGAGACGCGAAAUGAAAGCCAGUCUUUCAUUCAAUUCAAUGACAAACUAUUGUAUAACAAAAGGAGAGAUGUUUUGACGACGAAAGCCGUCGUUUAAUCCCGUAAUCAAAGCUAUUGUUUUGUCCCGUAAUCGCUGCCAAAGAGAGCCCACGAUAUGUCUCAUCAGAUGUCUUCGUCGGUGGCCUCGAGUCGGUAUCACAACAACAACGGCCACAACAACGCCAACAAUCAUCACAACAAUAGGUCCCAAAGGGAGACCACCAGAAGACACGUCGAGAGUCGACACCAAUCGGAGCGCCGCCACGACUCCUCUGAGAUCAGCUGUUGUCUCAAGUAUCUCAUCUUCGGGUCAAAUGUGGUGUUUUGGUUGACGGGGCUAUUGGUGUCAGUGGUGGGGGUCUGGGCCUGGACUGAGAAGGAGGUGUUUAAUAAUCUGACCCGUAUUACCAACAUUGCAUUGGAUCCAGCGUUCAUCAUGAUCUGUGUCGGGUGUCUCGCCUUUACCAUAGGCUUCACGGGCUGUGUCGGCGCUCUCAGAGAGAAUACGUGUCUUCUCGCCGGAUACGCCAUCUUUUUGGCCAUUUUGUUGCUCUUAGAGAUGACGACCGGAAUUCUUGGCUUUAUUUUCAAGGAUUGGAUCAAAUCUCAAGCGGCGACUGGCUUUCAGGCAUUCAUUGUGUACUAUAGGGACGAUCCCGACCGACAGAAUCUGGUCGAUUGGGUUCAGGACCAGUGGUUGGGCUGUUGUGGUGUCGACGGACCUAAAGACUGGGACCAAAACAUAUACUUUAACUGUUCGAGCGCUGCGGUGGGCAGUCGUGAGGCCUGUGGUGUCCCCUUUUCAUGCUGUCGUCCGAUACCCAACGAAAUCAUCCGCAAUAAACAGUGCGGAUAUGAUGUCCGCAAACAUGAAUUCGUCGGGGAUAAGUCUAUAGUGAUCUAUGAAAAGGGAUGUUUAAGGGCUGGAGAGGAAUGGAUUGAAGGCAAUUUGGUUCCGGUGGCGGGUUUUACAGUUGUUAUAGCGGUUCUUCAGGCCUGUCUUUCACUCAAAUUAUAUGAGUUGACAGAACGGAGUGUCAACGGAUGGCCACUCACUGUCAUCGAGUUGUCCGACAAUCCCGGAGACCAUGACUUUUUGGAGCCGGAGUUUAAAUAUAUCGCUAAUAUGCACGGGAAUGAAGUGUUGGGCAGAGAAUUACUCCUUAAACUGGCCGAACAUAUGUGCGAUGAAUAUAAUAAAGGAAAUAAAGAGAUCCAAACACUGAUAAAUACAACGCGAAUACAUUUGAUGCCAUCACUGAAUCCGGACGGUUGGGACGCGUCCACUAAUAAUGACCUGAAAGGAAAAGACUGGCUCUUGGGUCGCGCCAAUGGCAAUGGUGUGGAUCUGAACCGAGACUUCCCUGACUUGGAUUCCAUCGCAUAUCAGGAUAACUCCCAAACGGGAAAUAUCUUCUCUCAGGAGACCAUCGAUCAUAACUUACAGCCAGAGACCAGAGCGGCGAUGGCAUGGAUUUUAUCCAAUCCUUUUGUACUGUCAGCUAAUCUACACGGAGGCGCUCUUGUGGCCAAUUAUCCGUACGAUGAGAGUCGCGACGGAAGUGCCAGUUCUUACACGGCUUCGCCUGACGACAACACAUUCCGGCAUUUGGCAAAUGUCUACGCUUUGACGCACAAGACUAUGUCGACGGGAGAGCGGGUGAGGUGUGAAAACGACGAUGACUUCACCAAACAGGGAGGCGUAACGAAUGGCGCCCAAUGGUAUAGCGUGUCCGGAGGUAUGCAGGACUUCAACUAUUUGGGAUCAAAUGACUUCGAGAUAACACUCGAAUUGGGAUGUAAUAAAUAUCCGGCCGAAAACACUUUGCCCACCGAAUGGGACAACAAUCGCGAUGCGCUCAUCGCUUAUAUGAAACAGGCACAUUUAGGUAUUAAAGGAAUCAUAAGGAAUGCGAGAACAGGAGAGCCUAUUGUCGGCGCUUCGGUUAAAGUGAAGAAUGUGACGAAUGGAGUCAACAAAUUGAUUAAUCACGACAUUAUCUCUGUUAAAAACGGCGAAUACUGGCGAUUACUAACUCCCGGAACGUAUGAAGUAUUGGCUGUGAAGGACGGCUACGAACCCGACGCUAAGGCUGUCAUCGUUAAGAACAGCGCACCCGAAGCCGUUCGCUUGGAUCUCAACUUAAAACCAAUUGACGACACGUUUGAUCCUCAGGUGAUGGCAUCGAAUGACUAUUUUGGCUAUAAAUCAAUCCCUGAUAACAUUGAUUUGAAUAAUCCGGAAGUCCUUCGACUCAUUAAUUUUCUGCAAAGAGCCGGCGCUCAGAACAACGACAGAGCGGCCGCUAAUUAACACACUUUUCGUUUAUAUUUCAAAAACAUUUUUACUCGUCUUUCCUUUUUGCCGAUAAAAACAUUUUCAAUUUGUUUAAAAUCACGUUUUAAUUUCAUUCAUGUAUUUAAUCCUUG